AUGCAUAAACGCUGGCCCACGCUUUCUCGACAUUCGCGGCAGCCUUCGCCAUCGGCUCGCGAAUCAGAAUCCGGAUCGGCGCCGGGGACUCCACCUACCAGCCCUACUCCUGAGCUCAAGAGCAAGUCUUCACGCAGGGGUUUUCGAGGUGGUCGUCUGCCCCGCGUAUGCAGCAAGAAGGACCUGCCUGGCUCUGGACCGACAUCGCCUGAACCCUCUGAACCACUCAAUCCCACGGAGCAGCUCCUGCGCAGCCUCGGCCUCAACGAACCAGGUCUCUCCCGCAUCUUUGCCGACGCAGCACAGUACGACCAGGUCGUGCGCGACGACACCGAGGAUGCGGCCGCUGAACCCGAUACCACGUCGGACGACAGUGUGCAGACUAAGCUGAAAGGCUUCACGCGUCUCGUCGGCAAAGAUCUUCCGGAGUCUGAACGACAAGCGAGCGUGCGCAUCGCUCAGCUCACUGUGAACAAUUUCAGCACCACUGCGCUCGGCGGCGACGAUGAAGAUCUAUUUGAUGAAGAUGAGGAGGGCGGAUCAUCGACGGAAGGCCAUAGCUCGCGGACUUCCGAGACGUCUGUCAGCGAUGGGCUGGGAGCGCUCAAGGAGGGUGAAGCGGAUGCUGCGAGGACGGACAAGCUUGAGCCGGAGCAGAUCGUGGAUCUUCUAGAGCAGGAGUUCGGCGCGCUCGCUGAGCCUGGAGAGGAGAAGCUUAUAGCGGAGGCGGACGGAGCGCUCGUUCAGGACGUCACGAUUCUGGGCGUACUACACCUUACAACCCACCGCAUAACCUUCCACGCCUCCCUAACAGCCGCAUCCGAGAACGCGCCCAACAUCAUCAAAGAAGGCGCAGUAACAGUACACAAGAAGAACCGCAAAGGACCCAAUCUGAAGCGGCGCGUCUGGCUCGAGCUCACACACGACCUCGUAGCAGUCUACCCGAGCAGCAAAGACGAAGAUCGUAUACGGCCUAUCCGCAGCAUCCUACUCUCCGCUAUCAAGCAGGUUCACCCACACGACCACGUUCAACCGCGCAUCGUCAAGUUGUCGUGCGAAACAGCGUUGGGACUGCAUAGCGCUUCACUCGAGUUUGAUACGGAAGAAUCGGCUCGCGAUUGGAGGCGCGAGUUCCAUGGGGCGCUGUUCUUGUAUCGCCGUGCGCGUCGAGUGGCGUUGAAUCCUACCGAAGACGACCCCGAGGGCGUGCGGUUCAACAUCCCGUUGUCGCGCUUGGAAGGCGUCGACCAUAACCGAUACCUCUCCCUUGCGACACUUCUGUGCUUGAGGGUGUCGACCAGUAGCAGUCCUCCGCCUAGCUCCGCGUCGUCCUUCGCCGAAGCGGAUGGUGCACCACUCGAACCUACAUCCUCGCUAGAAGCGCAGUUCGCUUCGUCAGCAGAGGAUGCAGCGAGCGAGCCGGACGUCUACGUCGUGAAGAUCGGUCUGUUGAAAGUGCACCCCGCGCUUGAGAACGUGAUGGAAUAUGCCGACGCUGCACGGGCUUACGAACUCGAGCACUCAAACUCCGCCUACACUCCACGCGUAUACUUCGACUACGGGAUGCACGACGGGCUCGGCCUGCCCCUAUCCACCUCUCUCAAUCUCUCAUCUACACCUGAAGGACGCGAGAGCGAGUACGUCGUAGGCUUUGGACCGCAGCCGUACAACGCGCUAGCUAUCCUCCUGGGUCUGGACUUGACGCGUCAACAACCGUGGGUGAUCAAAGCACAUCUCGCGAGGAGAUUCAGCAGAGUCUACGGAACAUUCGUCGUAGCGGAUAAUCUCGUAGGCUUCUUCUCCCGCACGGCGAUCGGACGGGACGUCUCGUACCGCGUACCCUUCACCAUCCUCAAAGACGUGCACGUUUCUGCGCCGAUUGUGCCGUUCAAGAGGGGAGAUGUGGCGUUGACGCUGACUGUGCGCGGUCAAGCGGAUCUGCGGUUUUUGUUCAGGACGCCGGCGCAGAGGGAUGAGGCGCUGAUGAGGAUACAGCAGGGGUUGGAGAGUUGGAGGGUGCAUGGGGCGGUUACUACGAGUCCGCAGAGUAUGAGUCCGCUGCCGAGUCCGGCGCUUAGUCUCCACGGAGAUAGCGCCGAAGGUACCGACGACUACUUGUCACUCUCUUCUCCUGGUCUUGCGAGCGAAUACGGAUCCGAACCGUCGAGUGCCGGCAUCGAGCGUCCUCCUUUGCGCGGCAAGAGCCUUCGAAGCACCACGUCUAUCCUAGCGCCCACAUCACGGCUUCCGAAAUCGGACUGUAUACCGGUACCCUAUCCCCUCAAGUCAUACUUUCCCAAGCCGAUCAACAUCCUCCCCGGCAUACCCAACGUGCGGCGCAUGCACUUCGUCUGCCUCACCAUCGGCUCGCGAGGCGACGUGCAGCCGUACAUCGCCCUGGGCAAAGGUUUGCAAGCACACGGGCACACCGUGACGAUCGUCACGCACGAAGAGUACAAAGCCUGGGUCGAAGGCUUCGGUAUCGCACAUCGCACGGCGGGCGGCGAUCCAGGCGCCCUGAUGAAGCUCAGCGUAGAGAACAAAAUGUUCUCCCCGCACUUCUUCAAAGAGUCGCUCGGCAACUUCCGUUCGUGGCUCGACGACCUUCUAGUAGACGCCUGGACCCAGUGCAAGGACGCGGACGUUCUCCUCGAGUCUCCCAGCGCGAUGGCGGGCGUACAUAUCGCUGAAGCGCUCAAGAUACCUUACUUCCGGACGUUCACGAUGCCGUGGACGAAAACGCGAGAGUUCCCGCACGCGUUCCUCAGUCCGCCCGUCGAGAGUCCCGCAUUCAACGCUGCGAGUUAUGUGUUGUUCGAUAACGUCUUUUGGGCGGCUACAUCUGGACAGAUCAACAGGUGGCGAGUCCAAACCAUGGGUAUCGGGCCGACGGACAUGGGGCAUCUCGCGCAGAGCAAGAUCCCGUUCAUCUACAACUUCUCUCCCGCAGUCGUACCGAAACCGCUAGACUGGGGAGACGCGACGACGCUUUCAGGUUACUGGUUCCUCGACAACCCUGACCUGGAUUGGACGCCGCCGGAGGGAUUGUUGAAGUUUAUGGAGAAGGCGAAGAAGGACGGACGACCGUUGGCGUAUAUCGGGUUCGGGAGCAUCGUCGUGCCGGAUCCUGUGGCGCUCAGCAAGAACAUUAUCGCUGCGGUCGUUAAGGCUGAUGUGCGCGCUAUCGUCUCGCGCGGGUGGUCGGCGCGUAUGGCGAAACCUGGUGCGGAGGUCGAGGAGGUCGAGUACCCUGAACAGUGCUACGUCCUGGACAAAGUACCCCACGAUUGGUUGUUCCCUCAGUGCGAUGUCGCGGUUCACCACGGUGGCGCCGGCACGACCGGUGCAUCGCUCAGAGCGGGAGUGCCGACGCUCAUUAGACCGUGGUUUGGAGACCAGUUCUUCUGGGCGAGUCGGGUGCAGAAGCUGGGUGCGGGGCUGAGGAUCAAUAGUGCGAGGACGGCGGAGUUGGCGGAUGCGCUCGUGAAGGCGACCACAGAUAGGGUUAUGAAGGAGAAGGCAGCGAGUGUUGGAGAGAGGAUACGAGCGGAGGAUGGUGUGAACAAGGCGAUCGAGGCGAUUUAUAUGUACCUACCACGAGCUGGGGUGCAGAAUCGUGCUGAGCUCUCGUGA